CCCAAUGGAAGACGUCAAAAUGUUAAAAUUACUCCAAAUACAACAAUAUUACAGGUCUUGGAAGAAGUAUGUCAGAAACAAGGUUAUGCAUCCAGAAAAUGGGAUUUAAAACACAUGAAUACGAUAUUGGAUGUUAAUUCAAUAUUCCGUUUCACGGGGUUGCCUAAUAAUGCACAACUGGAGAUGACACCGAGGCCAAAUGAGCGUGCAAUUUCUGUGGUGACAAUUGGUAUUCAGUUGGAAAAUGGUCAAAGACUAAUGGGUGAUUUUAGUCCUGUGACUACGUUGAGUGAGAUAAUCAAUGCUCUUUGUUCAAAUGAGCAAGCUGAUGAUACAGUUAUUAUCUAUAUGCAUCAAGAAUUACACGGACAAGAUAAUUUACAAAAAACAACAUUACAAUCACUAGGACUUAAUAACGGUCGAGCAAUGCUACGACUAAUACACCGUGAUCUCAAUAAACUGAACACCCAGGCUCAUGUAGCAGGAAAAUUGGCUUCAAAACCCAAUAAGCCAAAUGAGAAAGAUCGUGGUGGAAAGAAUAGUCAAAAAUCAAGCGGUACUUCCGUUACUAAUCAAAUAAAAAAAGUUAUUAAUGAUCCCCUUGCUUUACUGAGAUCUGAGAAAAGUGACAAAGGACAAAAUAAAUCUGGUGGUAGUAAUAAAAAAAUGGCUGGUAGCGGACAUGUUUUAGGAAGAGCAGAAACUAAAACUGAGACUGAAGUCCACCAACCACCUGAAAUGAAACCAGCCAAAAUAAUUGAUCAAGUUGAAACAGAAGCUGAUAACGCCAUGGAAACAAAUCAAGAUAGUCAUGAUAAAAUUAUUAAUGAGCCAAUAGACUUUUUGGGAGAGAGAAAUGCCUUGGUGUUUAAUCAAGCUGGAGCACAAGCGGUUUCUCAUGAGGAUUUGCCGGAUAAUUUCUUUGACUUGACUGUUGAUGAUGCCAAGACGUUACUUCGUGACGCUAAACGUCAACGAGAAGACAUUGAAGGAGCGCCAUUAAGAACCAAUGCUCAGCGUCAGUUAGAACGUAAUCGAGCAACCCUCAAUAAGCUUCACAAAUAUCGGCGAACUAUUUUACGAAUACAGUUUCCGAAUCAAAUGGUUUUGCAAGGCAUCUUUGGUCCACUUGAAACUGUACAAUUGGUUAAAGAUUUUGUUAAAGAUUAUUUAGCAAAUCCUGAAGAAGACUUUACUUUAUAUUGUACACCACCGAAAAAAAAUUUAACACCACAAUCUCGACUUAUUGAUGAAAAUUUGGUGCCUUCGGCUAUUAUUUAUUAUUCAGGAUCAUCAGAAUUGAAAGCUGAUUUGAACACAAAAUUAGUUGAUCCUAAAGUUGCUAGUGUCCAUGCUAUUAAAUCGAGAAUUGCAAUGACUCGAGAUGAACCAAAUAAUUCUGGUGAUUCAAACGCUAACCUCGAAUCUGAUAAUGUUCAAUUAAGAUCGAGUAUUUCAAAUGAAUCAGUACCCAGUAGUAGUGGUGCGGAAGGAUCAAAUGUAUCUAAUUCCGAUCGGAUUAAGAAUUACACUCCAAAGUGGUUCAAAAAUGCUUUUAAGUAA